CCCAAACGCUUCCAUAGCUUUUCUGUUCUGUUUCUUACAUUCAUCGUCACAGAAGAGCCACCGAGUGUCACAGAAAGCCCGAGAGACAGAGAGACUAUUUUCUUGAUCUCGAACCCUAACGAAACCCGAUACGGACCUCUAAUGGCGUCCAAGUUCGGCUUGGCCGGAGGGAUACCGGAGCGGCGGGUCCGACCAGUUUGGGACGCCAUCGACUCGCGGCAGUUCAAGAACGCUCUUAAGCUCUCCACCGCACUCCUCGCCAAAUUCCCCAACUCACCCUACGCUCUGGCGCUCAAAGCUCUCAUUUUGGAGAGAAUGGGGAAACCGGAUGAAGCGCUAUCUGUUUGCUUAAGUGCCAAAGAGCUGUUAUAUAAGAACGACUCCAUUCUGAUGGAUGAUCUCACUCUCAGCACACUGCAGAUUGCUUUCCAACGACUUGAUCACUUGGACUUGGCUACAAGCUGUUAUGAAUAUGCUUGUGGGAAAUUUCCAACCAAUUUGGAACUGAUGAUGGGGCUUUUCAACUGCUACGUUCGCGAAUACUCUUUUGUAAAGCAGCAACAGACAGCUAUCAAAAUGUAUAAGCUUGUAGGUGAAGAAAGGUUUUUGCUCUGGGCAGUUUGUAGCAUUCAAUUACAGGUGUUUUGUGGUAACGGGGGAGAGAAGUUAUUGCUCUUAGCCGAAGGUUUACUCAAGAAGCAUGUUGCCUCCCAUAGCUUGCAUGAGCCUGAAGCUCUUAUUGUUUACCUUUCCGUACUGGAGCAGCAAGCUAAGUAUGGUGAUGCUUUAGAAAUUCUUUCUGGGAAAUUAGGAUCACUAUUAAUGAUUGAAGUUGAUAGGCUACGCAUACAGGGGAGGCUUCUUGCAAGGGCAGGUGACUAUACUGCUGCUGCCAGUAUAUUUCAGAAAAUCCUAGAAUUAAGCCCUGAUGAUUGGGAGUGUUUCCUACAUUAUCUAGGCUGUUUGCUGGAGGAUGAUAGCAGCUGGGUUAAUGGGGUCCUUAAUGAUCCAAUUGCUCCACCAAAAUUUUUGGACUGCAAGCUUUCACACUUACCAGAUGAAAUGUUUGACUCUCGUAUAUCAGAUGCAUCAGCUUUUAUGCAAAAAUUACAAGCAGACACCAGUGACAAUACUAUAAGGUGUCCAUACUUGGCAAACCUUGAAGUUGAAAGGAGGAAGCACCUGUAUGGAAAGGGGGAUGAUGACAAACUAAUGGAGGCUCUGAUGCAAUAUUUUUUCAGGUUUGGUCACUUGGCCUGCUUCACUACUGAUGUUGAGGUGUUCGUUGAGAUCUUGACUCCUGAUAAGAAGACUGAGUUUUUGGAGAAGUUAAUGAAAAGCUCCGAGUCCCCUUCACCAGUGCCAGCUAAAGCGCUUGGGCAGUCAAUUACCCUUUUAAAAGUUCAACAACUGAUUAGCAAGAUGUACAAGCUCUCUGAGAGUGAACUUGAGGGCUCUGCUUGUCAGAUGGUGGAGACGUAUUGUAAAAACCUUCCACUUUCAAAGGACUUGGAUCCACAAGAGAGCAUGUAUGGAGAAGAAUUACUAUCUAUGGUGUGCAAUGUGUUGGUUCAGUUAUUCUGGCGUACUAGGCAUAUUGGCUAUUUUGUAGAGGCAAUUAUGGUUUUGGAGUUUGGCUUGACCAUCCGAAGAUAUGUAUCGCAGUACAAGAUCUUAUUGUUGCAUUUGUAUUCGCACAUGGGUGCCCUUUCAUUAGCGUAUGAACGGUAUAAAUCUCUGGAUGUGAAGAAUAUCUUGAUGGAAACUGUUUCACAUCACAUUUUACCCCAGAUGUUGGUGUCUCCCCUUUGGGUAGAUCUAAAUAAUCUGCUAAAAGAUUAUCUCAAGUUUAUGGAUGACCACUUCAGAGAAUCUGCAGAUCUUACAUUUUUGGCGUAUCGCCACAGAAAUUACUCAAAAGUGAUUGAAUUUGUUCAGUUUAAAGAACGAUUGCAACACUCUAAUCAAUAUUUAAUGGCAAGGGUUGAAGCACCCAUUCUACAGCUGAAGCAGAAUGCGGAUAACAUUGAAGAAGAAGAGUGUGUUCUUGAAAGCUUGAAAUAUGGGAUCCACUUCAUUGAGCUCUCUAAUGAGAUUGGAUCUAAAUCUUUGACCUUCAACGAAGACUUGCCGUCACGUCCUUGGUGGACACCAACUUCAGAAAAGAAUUAUCUUUUAGGUCCAUUUGAAGGAAUCUCUUAUUAUCCUAGAGAAGAUAUGACAAAGGAUCGAGAAGCAAACAUACGGAGAGUUAUUGAGAGGAAGUCUCUUCUUCCUCGAAUGGUGUAUUUGUCUAUUCAAAGUGCUUCUGCAUUGCUGAAGGAGAAUAUUAAAGUGAAUGGUUCUGUAUCUGGCCCUAAGAUUUCCUCAGACCUGAAGUUUCUGCUUGAACGCUAUGCGAAAUUGUUGGGAUUUUCUUUCAGUAAUGCAAUAGAAGUGGUUGUGGGGGUUUCUGGUGGCCAAAAACCUUCUUCGACAAUUGCUUCGGACUUGAUCGAUUGGUUGAAUUUUGCUGUGUUUUUGAAUGCAUGGAAUUUGAGUUCCCAUGAAAUAGCACAGCCAGAUGGAAAUGGACAUGGACAUAGGCCUGGUGCUUGGCACAUUGUGGAUUCUCUGCUGGAGAUGUACGUUUUAGAGAAGGUCAGAUCUAUGGAUCCCCAAAUCUGCUCUCCUUGCGUUGAUCUUCCAAUUCUGGUGCAACUGGUUACGGAGCCAUUGGCCUGGCAUGUUCUUGUACUACAGUCUUCCGUCCGGUCGUCUCUUCCUUCUGGAAAGAAAAAAAAGAAAGGUGGAUCAGAUCAGCCAAAUACUCCUCUGUCUCAUGCAAUUCGAGACUCAAUCCAAUCCGUAUGUGGUACGGUAGAACACGUAACGAAAUGGUUACGAGAACAGAUCAACAGGCCCGAGGAUGAAAAUUUGGAAACUAUACUCUCCUUUCUUCAUAAGAAAGGACAGAAUGAGGGUGGCCCUGGGCAGGUUUUUAAGAUUCUAGAAACUUCGGUAUCAUCCAUAAAUGAGACACAACUUGGUGAACGGAUCUCCCAAGCAGUAAAGGCUUGGAGUCCUGUUGAUGUUGCAAGGAAAAUAGUGACUGGGAAGUGUACAGUAGCAUCCAAGUUUCUCAAAAUUUGUGAAUCAAAACUGAAGUCAUUACAUGCAAUGAAACAGCAGAUAGCUCAAGUCUGAAGUUCGACUAUUAAUGCCGUUACUGCAGUUUCGUUGUUUAACUUUGAGCAAUUGGCACUUUACUCUAUUAUGGGUGCCUUCAUCUUCAUCCUCUCCCACCUUUUAACACCAUCUUGGCAUGUAGUUGCCGGAGAACUCCAUGUAUGGCGGGUGUGUGGCGAAGGUGAAGUUUCCUGUAUGAUUUGUUUGACAGUGUAAACGACAUAAACUCACAAUUUUUACAUUUUUUUUUUCUUUUUCACAAUGUUUCGGAUUUCUUCCUGCUUUUUUGUUUUGUAUCAUGAAACAUAAAUUUUGGCAAUGUUACAU